AGUAUAAAGCACGCACAGAGCUUGUGCUGGGUCACUGCCUCUCCCAGCUCAAGGCAGAAUCAGGUUCCUGUAAUAGGGAAGAAUUCUGCUGACAAGAGGUUGGUCUUUCCAGACUGGUGGUGUUGCAGCUACAGGCAUGAGUCCCUUCUUUGUAAUGUCUCUCCUCUUUGGCCUGACUUUCGGACAAACAGCAUCACUUUGUGCUCCUUCUGAGUACACAAUCCAUGUGGAGAAACGGGAAUGUGCCUAUUGCCUGGCCAUCAACACCACCAUCUGUGCUGGAUUCUGCAUGACUCGGGACAGCAAUGGCAAGAAGCUGCUCCUCAAGAGUGCUCUGUCCCAGAAUGUGUGCACAUACAAAGAGAUGCUGUACCAGACAGCACUGAUCCCAGGCUGCCCUCACCACACCAUCCCCUACUACUCCUACCCCGUGGCUGUGAGCUGCAAGUGUGGCAAGUGCAACACUGACUACAGUGACUGUGUCCGUGAGAGGCUCAGGACAAACUAUUGCACUAAGCCACAGAAGCUCUGUAACGAGUAAAGCUUUCAAUGGGAUGUGGGUGAAAUGUACUGCUCUGCUCACACCUGAACAGAAAUAAAAGUGUACUUCGUAUUUGGUUUGCAAA